GUCAUUGUGCUGGGUGGCUCCUGUUUUCUACAAUCAAAGGGGAGUAGAACAAGUGGAGGGAAUAAAGAUCAGGUCUUUGCACUUUGUGGAUUUUUUUAUUUCUAAAGCAGCAGUUAAACAUUUUUUUUGUUUGACUGAGACUACUUUUAAUUUGACACUCAAACUUUUGCUGAAGACAGUGGACUACAACUCGGAAGAGAAACAUACCUCGGAGGAGAGUAUGAACGUGCUGUCGAACCCAGUGAUCAGGGCCCAGGACCAGUCUCUACCUCUCUGUGGCCCCGGGUCUGUUCAGGACUUACCACACUGCCCUCCAGGCUUCAACCCUGCACCAUUGCUUAGCCUCCAGGGCAGCCAAAGAUCGAUCAAACCACAGAGGGAGCUGAGCCCUGAGGAGCAGCAGGAGCUCAGGAGGAAGAUCAACAGCAGGGAGAGGAAGCGGAUGCAGGACUUGAACAUUGCCAUGGAUGCCCUGAGGGAGGUCAUGGUGCCUUAUGCCUCCUCACCUUCCUCCGCCUCCUCUCAUGCACACCAGCCUGGCGCUCCUCCAGGGCGCAGGCUCUCCAAGAUCUCCACUCUGGUCCUGGCCAGGAACUACAUCCUCCUCCUGGGUUCGUCCCUGCAGGAGAUGCGGAGGCUGCUGGGAGAGGUGAGCAUCGGGAUGGGAGUGAACACAGGGCCGGUCCCCCGACUAAUGCACGCUCGAGGGUGGCCCCUCAUCUCCGGCCCUAGUCAGCUCUUACUUACCCAUGAAUCCAUCCUCACUUCAGCAGCUGCCUCUUCUUCGUCCCCGUCGUCGUCUUCCUCCUCUACUUCAUCGACCGCUGCUGCUAAAUGUCCCAUGCUGUCUCCGGGCCCCAUGGAACCCUCACUGGCCCCAGUGCAGUGGAGCUCUACAGGUGCCCCAGGGGGGCCACUGUGCCCUUGUGGAGUCUGCAGACUGCCCAGAUUCAGCCACUCAGCUGCGGUGCCCAGAUUCCCCAAGUGAAGAGGAUCUGAUGAAUGGACUCGAUGACUGUUACAUGUAUGCAACAUUUUUAUACAAAAUUAUUUUUCUAACAUUUUUAACAUAAUAUUUGACUACACCAUAUACUGACAAAUGUCCUUUUUAAAAUGGAUGCAACAAUUCUGUAUUUGGCACGA